AUGAUUCUGAGCCAGAACCACUACUACCCAGUACCCCCUGAGCCCCCCUCUAAGGCCAGGGGGGAAGACAAGACUCUGUGUGCCGUGGGUGUGACGAUUCCAGAUGAAGAUGUACGAUCACACGUGAAGAACCAACACAGCAGAAGAUCAGAGCUGAGAAUCAUGCGUGGGAAAACAGGGACGGGCAGACGUGCCACAGGAGACAGCAUCCUGGGGGAGCGAGCGUUUGAGUCCCAGUUGCCCUCCCAGGCCUUCACUAAGACCUGCAGGGAGAGUUCAGGAUGCUGGGGGAGAGCACUGGUCUUCAUGGACACACUGGACCUGAUUUCAGGGAAGGACCGCUCCAAUCCCUUGCACAGAGUGGUGCAGAAGUGCCAUCUACUCUGGGCCCCAGACCCCCAUGUGUUCCUCCUGGUGACGCAGCUGCGCCGCUUCACCGUCCAGGACCAGUAGGCGGUGAGGAGGGUGAAGGUGGUCUUUGGAGAGGGUGCCAUGAGACACACAACUGUCCUCUUCAGCCACAAGGAGGACCGAGAGGGAGGCUCCUGGAUGGAGUACAUCCACUACUCAGGAAAUAAAGCCGUAGGCAGGCUGACGGCCACGUGUUGGGGGCAACCAUGUACCCUUAAUAACCGAGCCAAAGGGAAUGAUUCGGAAGACCAAGUGAAGAAGCUGAUGGACUUGAUGGAGAGAAGUGGGGAGCCCUGCACCAAGGAGCUGCACAGCCUAGCCACAGGGCUGGAAUGUGGACGUGAGUGGUCAGAGGAAAGAUUAGAGGACUUCAAAGGGAGUCUCAUAAAGUACAUGGAAAAGCGGAGAUGAGCCACAACCAUGGCCAAAGGCAAUUGCCUAAAAAGAGCCCUAAUCAAAAUGCAGGUGUGCGCUCUAGUUGGUGGAGAGAACGUGGUCACCUGUGGUCACCAGGUGGAAUGA